AUGACACACCAAACAGCAUUAGUGACAGGAGGGACUGGUUUCAUCGGUUCCCACACAGUUGUUGAGUUACUUGAACAGAACUAUGACAUUGUCAUCAUCGACAAUUUAAGUAAUUCUUCUGAGAAAGUCAUUGACCACAUUCUUCAAAUCACAAAGGUUGACAAAAGUAGAAUAACUUUCUACAACUACGACCUUCUCGACAUUUCUCUGAUUGAUGAAGUGCUCGACAAACACAACAUCGACUUCGUCAUCCAUUUCGCAGCUUUAAAAGCUGUUGGAGAGUCUGUGACACAUCCAGUGAUGUACUAUAGAAACAAUUUAAAUGGUCUCAUGAAUUUGCUUGACUCGAUGGAGAGACACAAAAUAUUCAAAAUCAUUUUCUCAUCAUCAGCAACAGUUUAUGGCGAUCCAGAAACUGUUCCCGUCAGUGAAGACACUCCCCUUCAGAAGCCCAGUAAUCCAUACGGUCAAACUAAAGUAAUGGUUGAGCAGAUAUUGACUGACUUUUCAAAGGUGCAUCCCGAUGCUUCAGUAGUUCUUUUAAGAUAUUUCAACCCCAUUGGCGCACACAAGAGUGGCUUAAUUGGAGAGAGUCCUUUGGGUUUCCCAACUAAUUUGAUGCCAAUACUUAUGAGGCAUUUGUCUGGUAAACUUCCGGUCCUGAGUGUGUUCGGAAGUGAUUAUGACACACGAGACGGAACAUGUAUCAGAGACUAUCUGCAUGUUGUUGACUUGGCUAAAGGGCAUGUUGCCGCUCUUAAAGUCUUGAAAAAUGCGUACGGAACUAAUAUAUAUAAUUUGGGGACUGGGAAAGGGUCCACUGUACUUGAAGUCAUUCACGCUAUGGAGAAGGCAUCCGGAAGAAAAAUAGAAUAUAAGAUGGUUGAUAGAAGACCCGGAGACGUACCUGUGAUAUAUGCGGAGUGCAAAAAGGCCGAAAAAGAACUCGGGUGGAAAACUGAAUUAGAUUUGGAACAAAUGUGCGAGGAUUCGUGGAGAUUUUUACAGACAUUCCCAAAUGGAAUUUAA